AUGUGUCGAUCCAUAUGUGGACUCAUAGAUGAGCUAGUUUAUCCCGAAUGCCGACUGACGGAGAUGGGAAAGGAAUACAUUGGGACCGUGAACGUGACGAAGAACGGAAAACCCUGCCUCAGAUGGGAUUCUCCGGAUGUGAAAUCGUCAUACAAAACAGUUGGGAAAGGAUUCUAUGAAGGCAUGUUCUUCGAAGAACAUUUCCUGAACCAGGACCCGUCCAGCCACGAGAAUUUCUGCCGGAAUCCAUCGAGGAACGAUAUGCCCUGGUGUUUCGUGAAUGAUGGCGGCUUCACGUGGGAAUAUUGCUGGAUUCCCUUUUGUGAUGAUCUGAAGGCACCUGAAUGCAAAAAGACUCAAAAGGGAGCAGAAUACAUGGGCACACAAAACAAGGCCAUUCAUGGCUCUCCGUGUCUUGCGUGGCUUGGUGAACAGGGUCUGAGUCCGGAAUUAAGGUUUGCGAUGAAGGGACAGGCAUUCCCCGAUUCCAUCACGGAUGAGCACAACUACUGCAGGAACCCAACCGGAAGGCCAGGCGGUCCUUGGUGCAAAGUUCCAGGCUCAGAGGAGAAUUGGGAGUAUUGCGAUGUGCGAUUCUGUGCCAUGGAAGAUGCCGAGAGGACAUGCGAGACGGAGGAUCGGUGCUCGUCGAGUGAGUCACAGGUCACGGGCAUAUAUCCGGAAUGCCGUAUGACGUCAAUGGGGAAGGAAUAUAGAGGAACCCACAGUCAAACGGAAAGCGGAAAAACGUGCAAGAAAUGGUAUUCGAUAUCGUUAAUUAUUCAUACGCAAGAUCUGCUGAAUCCCCUAUUUCCUUAUCGCCCUUAUCACGAACGUCACCUUGCAUCAUUGGAUUUUGAAAAUCAUGCAUUUGAAAUCAUUAUGAAACAAGACGAAAAUUAUUGCCGGAAUCCUGUGAGAGCUGAGCGGCCAUGGUGCAUCGUCUCUUUGGAGCCUUUCGGCUGGGAAUAUUGCGACAUCCCCUUCUGCCUCCGCCCCAAAGAGCCCCUGGAAUGCCAACUAACUACGAUGGGCCUGGAGUAUGCGGGAUUCAAGAACACUGAUGCGGACGGUCGGAAGUGUCAGCCCUGGUUGGGUCGGGCAAAUGACAAGCGAUUUUCAGUCAUGAACAUCAUGACAAUCUCCGAUGAAGGCAUAGACAGUAGUCACAACUAUUGUCGCAAUCCUGACGCAAACGGCUACGGUCUCUGGUGCUUCACUGAAGAGGGAACUGGCGAGAGAUGGGGCCAUUGCAUGGUCCCUUUCUGCUAUCAAUUGUAUGAGCGUAUCGCCGUCGAGGGGAAAAUUAUGACAGGUAAACCGGCAGAAGGAUACCCAGAAUGCUUGCAGACCGCGAUGGGGAAGGGAUACGUUGGAACGACGAGGAAAACGAAAACCGGAAAGCCCUGUCUUCGAUGGGAUUCUCAGCCCUAUGGGAAGCCUGAGGACUUCGACUCGAAUGCCACUUAUGAGGUUCAUUUCCGAUUUGGCAAUUCCACGUUGCACCAGGAUUUCUGCAGGAACCCGACGUUGAGGCACCAACCCUGGUGCUUCGUCCAAGAACCACACAUCGAAUGGGAAUUCUGUCAAAUUCCCUUUUGCCCCAAUUACCCCAACAAGACGGAAUGCAGAUGGACUAAAGAGGGAGAGGAGUACGCAGGGACUCGAAAUAAAUCUUCGUCAGGACUUCCGUGUAAGCGAUGGGAUGAAUUUGAAUCACAGAUUGCAUUUUGGCCCAGAUUCCCCGAGGACGUGAAGAGCGAGAAGCACAACUUCUGUCGCAAUCCGUCAAUGGAAGAGGAGGGGCCCUAUUGCUACAUUUCAAGUGCAGACAAGGAAUUCUGUGACAUACCUUUCUGCCCUUUUCAAUACCUCUACUAA